GUUGCCUCCGCAUGUCGACGAACGCGCUGGUGGCUGAGGCUCUCUUAACUUUUGGGCUUGGGGUUCAGAGAGGGGACAUGGCGAAUGAGGUGCUGCCGAGUGCGAAGUGGCUGUACUGUGGGGAGCCCGACGAGAGCCAGAGAGCUGUACUGGUUCAGUUCUCCAAUGGGAAGCUGCAGAAUCCAGGUAACAUGCACUUUACCUUGUACAAGAGCAAGGACUCCACAAAUCCCAGGAAGAGGAGUCAGCGGAUCUUGGCAGCUGAAACAGACAGACUUUCCUAUGUGGGAAACAAUUUUGGGACUGGAGCCCUCAAAUGCAACAUUCUGUGCAGGCACUAUGUGGGGAUUUUGAACAAGACCUCUGGCCAGAUGGAAGUAUAUGAUGCUGAAUUAUUCAACAUGCAGCCACUGUUUUCAGAUGAAUCAAUUGAGAGUGAAUUGACGUUAGAGAGUCAGAGCAAAACUUUUAGAGAUAAGAUGGACUCUUGCAUUGAAGCCUUUGGUACUACCAAACAGAAGCGGGCCCUGAACUCCAGGAGAAUGAACAGAGUUGGCAAUGAAUCUUUGAAUCGUGCGGUAGCUAAAGCUGCAGAAAGUAUUAUUGAUACAAAGGGUGUGACUGCUCUGGUCAAUGAUGCCCUCCAUGAUAACUUGCAAGAAGACUCCCUUUACCUUCCUCCCUGCCACGCUGAUGCAGCCAAGCCUGAAGAUGUGUAUAAGUUUGAAGACCUUCUUUCGCCUGCGGAGUAUGAAGCUCUUCAGAGCCCAUCUGAAGCUUUCAGGAAUGUCACGUCAGAAGAAAUACUGAAGAUGAUGGAAGAGAACAGACACUGCUGCUUUGUCAUAGAAGCGCUGAAGUCUUUGCCAUCAAAUGAGGAGAGCCGAGACCACCAGGCCCGAUGUAUAUGGUUUCUGGACACACUCAUCAAGUUUCGAGCACAGAAAGUGAUUAAGCGGAAAAGUGCCCUGGGGCCUGGAGUGCCACACAUCAUCAACACCAAACUGCUGAAGCACUUUACCUGCUUGACCUACAACAAUGGCAGUUUACACAACUUAAUUUCCGAUUCUAUGAAGGCGAAGAUCAUCGCGUACGUGAUCAUACUCGCCUUGCACAUAAACGACUUCCAGAUUGACCUGACGGUGUUACAGAGGGACCUGAAGCUCAGUGAGAAAAGGAUGAUCGAGAUAGCAAAAGCCAUGAGGCUGAAGAUCUCUAAGAGAAAGGUGUCUCUGGCAGCUGACAGGGAGGAGGAGCACAAACUGGGUACUCUGUGUAUCCCGCUGCCCCCAGCCCAGACCUUGGACCGCCAGUCAAAGCGGAGGAGAAUCACGUAGAGGUGUGCUUUCCGGACAGCAAUGUGGCCACACCAUAGCCACUACUUCUAUUCAUUUCCAUUUCAUUUUUUAAAAGAGAAGAAAAAGAAGCCUUGCUGUGGCAUGGGUAUGAAGCCACAAGCCAGUAUCUCUGCUGUGCUUGUCUGAAGCAAAAAUACAAAGUGACCGCCAUAUUGGACUUUGUCCCUUUCCUUUGGUGUUGCUGUGAUUUUAAAUGGCAGAUGCUUCUCGUGUUGGUUCACAUGUGGUGAUGUGGGAGGUUGGGCCUGGGAGGCUGGAGCCAAAAGAUUUCAAAGGCUGAACCCUGGGCCAGAUCUAACAGAUGAAGGUUAAUUUAAUAUGAAGUGCCCUGCUUAGGUCUUGGGGGGCCAGUGGAGUCCAUGGUGAGGAUGAGCAGGGCUAGAAGAGGAGGCUUCAGGUCACCAGUGUGAUGGGGUUGCCAAACAGGCUGAUUGAGUUUGAGGCUGCUGUAACAGGCUGGGGCCCUUGCCUGAACAGGGAGGAAGUGAUUAUCCCAGUUGCUGUGUCUGGCUCAGGCCACGCAGAGGGUAGGGGUCAGCUCUGAAGCCACAGUUCUGAGGGGCAUGAAUUAGAGUUCAACACAGAAAACAAAUUGUACUACAUAUCUUAAGGGGAAAGGAGUUUAAUACAUAGAUAAAAUGUAAAGUUGUUAAAGGGCUGGACGAGGGGGAAUCAGGAGGUUGCCAGCAGAAGUGCUCAGUUCAAGAACACACUGCUGGAUUGCCAUCCAGGCACCAAGAAGCCACUUCUGCCCAGCUGCUUGAAUUCGUGAAGCUGGUGACUCGACACUGAGUUCAACCACCCAUGCUUUUAAUACCCACAUUUCCACCCCCUUGUCAGCACAACCAACUAAAAAUUAAGAAGCUGGCUUCCAUCUUGCUUCCUUCUGUGAGUGUGUAUGUAGGAACCUAAUUUGUACCUAGACUCCUAGCAGCAAGGGAAUCUUGGAAAUAGGUUUCAGCUCUCCAGCAUCUAGUUACAGGAAGGCAUACCCGAAGGAGAUGGAAAUGGAUGCUGACUGCCAACAAACCUUACCUGCCAUGGGGGAGAUGGGGAAGUCACCGUCCUGAGGGGUGCUAUGAAGAAUGGGCAUGUGACAUGGGUACAUGGCUCUCAGAUCUUCAGGCUCUUCUGGGAGCACCUGAGGUUUGUGGUGCUCAG